AUGAUCCAGCAACAGCUGAGACAGCUCCUGCCAGAGAGGGAGGUGGAUCCCCACGCUGCCCUGGCCCUGCUGGGCAGCUCGGUGGCUGCCGUGGUGGUGUGGAAAUGGCUGUGCAAAAGGCAGAUCCAGAAGAAGAUGGAAGAGGCUCGGAGGACCAGGGAUGAGGGUGUGAAGAAAAUAGCAAAGGCUGUCCAGCAGUUCAGGAAGCAGGUCCCCAGUGUCCAGAAGGAUGCCAUCCUGUCCCUGCCCCUGCUGGAACUCGCUGCAGGACUGCGAGAAGGGGCUCUGUCCCCCAAGACUGUCCUCUACACCUACUUAGAAAAGGCCCUGGAAGUGACCCAGCAGACAAACUGCUUGAGACAUUUUAUCCCAGAGUGUGAGGAGCAGCUCCAGGAAAUACAACAGCAGAAGGAGAAAGGGCUGCUCUAUGGCAUCCCCAUCAGCAUCAAGGAUCACAUUGGCAUCAAGGGGCAUCUAUCAACCUGUGGGCUUGUUCAGUGCCUGGACACUCCUGUGCAGGAGGACAGUGUCCUAGUCAAGGUUUUGAAGAGACAGGGGGCCAUCCCAUUUGCAGUGACCAACGUGCCACAGUCCCUCUUCAGCUAUGACUGCAGCAAUCCCAUCUUCGGGCGGACCUUGAACCCUCUCAACCCCCAGAAGAGCCCAGGAGGCUCCUCAGGAGGGGAAGGAGCUCUGAUUGCAGGGGGAGGCUCCAUCCUGGGCAUCGGCUCGGACAUGGGGGGCAGCAUCCGCCUGCCCUCCAGCUUCUGCGGGCUGUGCGGGCUCAAACCCACAGGCAACAGGCUCAGCCUGUCUGGAACAAUUGGCCCAAUCAAUGGGAUUCUGGCAGUUUCUUGUGCGCUGGGGCCGAUAGCGAGGGAUGUGGACAGCCUGGCCCUGUGCAUGAAGGCCCUGCUCUGCCAGGAGAUGUUCCAGCUGGACCCCACCGUGCCCCCCAUCCCCUUCAAUGAGGAGGUGUACUCCAGCUCUGCUCCCCUGCGGGUUGGGUACUACGACACGGAUGGCUACUUCCCACUGCCCCCCUGUGUGCGGCGAGCGGUGCAGGAGACCCGGGUGGCUCUGCAGGCAGCCGGGCACCAGCUGGUGCCCUUUUCUCCACCCCGGGUCCAUUAUGUCAUGACUGAACUCUUUUUGAAGACCUUUUUUGCUGAUGGAGGCCGUGCUUGGUUGGAUGUGUUCACAGGAAAUAUUGUAGAUCCAAGCUUGAAAUCACAGCUGAGUUGCUUCAAGAUCCCAAGGCUGGUGAAGAAGAUGCUGGCUCUGAUUCUUAAACCUUUGUUUCCUCGCCUGGCUGACUAUCUGAGCAGCCUGAGUGGAAUGAGGUCAGUGAAGGAGAUGUGGAAUCAUCACCAUCAAAUAGAGACAUACCGUGCCGAGUUCAUCGCCCGGUGGAGGGAACUCCAGCUGGAUGUUGUGCUGUGCCCUGUCCUGGGGCCUGCCUUCACCGUGGGAUACCCUGGGAAACUCCUCACUGCCAUCUCCUCCACGAUGCUGUACAAUGUCUUGAACUUCCCUGCUGGGAUUGUACCUGUCAGCAAGGUGACAGAAGCCGAUGAGGAAGAGCUAAAGCUUUACCAAGGAUGUUGUGAUGAUGCCUGGGAUCGGACACUGAAACAGGCUGUGGCAGGAGCUGUGGGGCUGCCCGUGGCCGUGCAGUGCGUGGCACUGCCCUGGCAGGAGGAGCUGUGCCUCCGCUUCAUGAAGGAGGUGGAGACCCUCAGCAGCAAGAAGAGAGCAGCAUAG